GAAUUGUUAACGUGUUUUGGUGAAUGCUUUGAUAACCUGAAAUGUCAUAACAGAAACGUCAGUUUUAACAAAAUAAUGAUACAAAUAUGAUAUUUUUUAGUUAAUAAAUCUGUUUGUAAUAGUUUUGUAAUCAGUGUUUACUUUAUCCACUGUAUAAGUAAAACAACGAUGUAAGAUCAUGAUCAUGUACAAUAAAUACAUAUGUAUUUAACAAUGCAUUCCAAUGGUAUUUUAUUUAAGGACUAUUUUUGAAUUUUAUUAUUUAUUAUUAAAACUCGAGAAAGUUGCGUAGAUACACCAAUUAUGGAAACAACCCGAACUUUAUACCUUAAUCUCUUCAGUGAGGACAAAAUUCAUGUUUUGAAAGAAUUGCUGCAUGCGUGUGUGGAUGAAAUAUGUGGUAAACCAGGACCAUCUUAUCGCAAGUUUACAACCAGCAUGGAUUGGAGUAAAGAAGAAUACGAAGAAACAUACAAAUUAAUAUCCAUGCUUUUAAGACAUCCAACUUCGUUGUAUUUAACAGAAGAAAAGAUGCCUCAAGAAUAUCAUGAGCUUCCAGAGCAUGUUCAACAGAGUAUAUUGGCAUGUUUGAAAGUGAGAAGAGAACAAUUAACAGAUGCUCUGCUAAAAGAAUAUUCUAAAGAAAACGGUGAAACGCUAAUUGACUUUGAUUGGAGAUUAAAGCUUGUAAUGGGUUCAAGUAAAUUAGCUUCCUUGAGAGAACCCCUUCUGCAGUUAGAUCUCAUUGUCGAAAAUAAAGAAUCAAAACGUAUCUUAGGUUUGGAAUUAAAUAAAGAUGAAUUGGAUAUGUUCAUAAAUGCUAUGGAAAGCAUAGUGCAAUAAGUUUGAUGUAAAUGCAAUAAUGUAAAUAAAAUAACAAAUAAGACAAAUUCUUGUUUACUAUCAGAGAGGCAAUAUUGUAACUGGUUUUUAAGAUGGAAUAAAAACGCACGACUGUA